AUGUCUUCUGAGCCCGCUUCAUCCGCGUCGCAGCAGUCCCCCACCUCUCCACCCUCACCCAGUUCCCUCCAUCUGCCUGAAAACCGCAGGGUGAGAGACCGCUCCCCAUCGCCCAUGAGAGGGUACCUCAUCCCCAGCCCGCUGCCCACCCGAAGGACCAGGACGUUUUCAGCCACCGUGAGAGCCUCGGAGGGUCCCAUCUACAAAGGCGUCUGUAAAUGCUUCUGUCGCUCCAAAGGCCAUGGCUUCAUUACCCCUGCAGAUGGAGGGCCCGACAUCUUCGUGCACAUCUCUGAUAUUGAAGGCGAGUAUGUGCCAGUGGCCGGCGAUGAGGUGACCUACAAGAUGUGCACCAUCCCUCCAAAGAAUGAGAAGCUGCAGGCGGUGGAGGUGGUGAUCACCCACCUGGCUCCCGGGACCAAGCACGAGACCUGGUCGGGGCACGUCGUCAGCUCCUGA